UGCUGAGACGGGAAACCCUUCCAUGCAGUUCUUCAAAAUCCCGCAGAGGCAAAAAAAAUAAUCCUUCAGUUCUCUUCCAGUUCCCGCUUCCCCCCCUUCCUUGUACUACUUCAGAGGGACUCUAUAUACGACGAAAAAAAGCCUGAACCGGUGACUUGACGCACCCGAGCAAAUCAAAAUGGCCCGGGGUAACCAGAGAGACAAAUCCCGCGAGAAAAACCAAAAGAAAAAGGAACAAGAAAAAAAAACUACCCAGCUGGCAAGCAUUGGCCGAUCAAAAGAAAGAAGCCGACGCACUUGCAGGGGCAAAGAAGAAAUAAGGAUACCCCGUCUUUACCUACGUUGUACAAGCCAGACCGGACGUCGCACGAUGCUUGUCUAUAUAUACCAUUCUCGCAUCCGAUUUUCGAAUAGCAUUUCCACCAAUCCCCGUAUACAUUCCAUUUUGGAGACAGUUCCUCGGCUGUCAAGAAUGGAUAUCGUUGAUGUUGGGUAUAAUUACGGCCUGCGAUAUGGCCUGACUGCGACCCGUGGCGAAGGCCUUGUCAACUGGGUGUGCGCUGUUGGCGCAUGUGACGAGACACAUGGUAUUUAGCAAGGCGUUUAUAUGAUCCGAUAGCGUUCAAAUCUUGCAUAAAGACGGCGCAUGAGGUGCAGCAGAUUUUCCACGUUCUGUUCAUGUAC